UCUCCACUCUUCCUUUAGUGUGGGUGUGUGAGUGCAUGUGCAUAUCUGAAGAACAGCUGAACUCGGCAGACUAGUCAUUUGAGCACAGGACAAGCAUACUAGAAGCGGGCUAAUCUCUGAUUUAUGAUCAGGAAGUAAGGAAGAGGUGAACAGCGGGCUGUGAGGAUCACACGACAGCUGUAUGGGUACAAAUGGUAGGAUCAAGAACAAACCCCCCUUACCCCCUAAACCCCUAAUGAAAGGGGAUACACCACAGAAGGUCCUGGAUCCCCCUCCAAGCAGCACUAAUAGUGGUACACAAUACAGGCCAACCCCUAAACCACGGCUGCUCAAACCUGGUCCCCGAAAGCAAACCCUGAACCAAGCUGGCAAUGCUGAUCAAGCCUCUAUGUGUAACACGAACAAUGCUGCCCCAAAUGGAUCCAGGGAGAACCAUUUUGUUCUUCCAGCCUGCCCACCCUGCUGUCCUUGUUUGUGUCAUAAUGACAGUAACAAUGGACCAAAGAAAACCCAAGAGCAUGAGGACGAUUAUAACAUUAACUUAGAGAAUAAAGAUAAUAAGCCACCCAGAAGAGCCCCUCCAGAUAUACCUCCUCUAUCUGCAAGACCUCUUCCCAAAACGCCAUGGCAGAUAAUGAAUGAAGCAUGUACUGAUUAUAAUGAUGGAGGCAUUUAUGCUGAAGCUGACAUGCCAAAGUAUGACGACACAGCACCUAAAAGAAAUGAACCUGAGCCAAGUGGUGUCCCAUCCCAAAAGCCCUUUCCUACUUCAAGGAAGUGUGAUAAACAACAGAUGGCUGCUCAGGAGCAGUCUAAACAUCAGGACAAUGAGAAUGUUAUCUUCAGGAGUUUGAGGAUUAAGAAGAAAAACAGUGCAGAUAAAACAAAACGAAAGAAAUUAUCCGUUUCAAGCAAACCUCCAACUACAGUUUCCAGCUGUUCACGCAGUCAGUCCCUCCAGACCUCAGCAAAGUGCGCUGAAUCAAGUGCUGCUACAAUGCUAUCUUCAGGCUGGAAGGUUAGGAGGACAAGAAGCCUUUCAAAGAGAAAAACUAAAGACAAGGAUGGUCAUUCCUGGAAGAUGCUGCAGGAGAGCUUAUGGCAGGAACGCUGUGCUGUGAAAGAGAGUGGAAUCCUGAGCAAAAUAACCAAGGAGGAGAUUCUCCUUCAGGAGAGUAUUUAUGAAGUGGCAACUUCUGAGCAGUCCUAUCUUGAACGGCUAACUGUCGUUGUGAAUCAUUUCAUGGAAUUUCCAGAACUCAAUUCAGCUAUAGCACUCCAUGACAAAAAAACACUCUUUUCCAGCAUACACAAAAUGAGAGAGAUCAGCCAGAACUUCCUGGAUUCAAUGGUUCAGAGUUUGGGCUCCAGUUUGUUUUGUGAAGUUCUCUGUGAUGUUGUCCAUCAUUACGCCACUGGACCAUUCGGUGCUUAUGUGGAUUACAUCCGCAACAUGCCAUGCCAGAAGCACACACUCAUCAACCUGAGGAAGGAGAGCCCUCGCUUUGUGGAGAUCUUAAACAAGCUUGAGGAGGAUCCAUGUUGCAAUCGGCUGCGUCUCGACUCUUUCCUUUCGCUGCCUUUUCAGAGGAUCUCCCACCUCAAGGUCUUAAUGGAGACAGUCGUAAAGAGAACAGCCCCAAAGUCAGACAUUCAGGCCUCUGCAGAAUCAGCCCUGACAGAGAUUUCUGAGGUGCUGGAGAUUUGCAAUAGGGAAGUGGGUAAGAUGAAACAGAUUCAGGAGCUUGUCAGCGUUGCCAACAAAAUAGACUUUGAGUACAAGGCCUUGCCGCUAGUGUCAUCUUCUCGCUGGUUAAUCAGGGAUGGUGAAAUGACACAGCUCGCUCUAAUUGAGAGCAUUUUUGUCCAGAAGAAAAAUGGCCCUGUCCAUUUGAUCCUCUUCAAUGAUUUGCUACUGGUGGCCUCAAAGAAAGGGGCAGACAGGUAUGUGGUGCAUGAUCAUGUCCACCGUUCCCUCAUUGAGGUCACAGAGGGUGCUAAAUUGGAGGAUGAUCUGGAAGGGUAUGAUAUGAGCAGAGUAUUUCUACUGGCUAUUUUGAAGAACCACAGAGGAAUGUCAUACCAACUUUUAUUGCAGGCUUCCACACUAGAAGAGAGAGACAGCUGGCUAAAGGUGCUGAGGAGUGAGGAAGGAGUGUAUGAGGAGUGGGAUUGUCCUCAGGUGCGAUGUAUCGAAGCCUUUAAUGGACAACAACCUGGAGAGCUCAGUCUACAGCCAGAGGACAUAGUCAGCAUCAUCCAGAAAACAUCUGACGGUUUAAUGGAGGGUCGGAGGACUCCUGAUGGGGAGAGGGGCUGGUUCCCAGCCAAGUAUGUGACUGAGAUCUAUAACGAGCAUGUGCAGAGACGUAAUCUGCGUCAGCGCCACCACGUCCUCCAGGCAGCUGCAAGCAUUGUAAAACGCCGCAGUAUUUGUCAGGACCAGCACACCACUACCUGCUUCAACAAAUAAUAAUUAGAAUAUUUAUGAUCUGCAUAUUUAAGCUUAUGGACCCAAGGUCAAUGUAGGAACACUUUUAGGAACUGGCAACUGACUGUAUACAUGUUUUAUACUGUAUGAUAUUUAUUUAUAUGGCUUCAGGGAAAUAAUCUGGGAAAAAAAUUAAAUCUAUAUUAUGAUUGAUAUUCUCUUUUGUUGUCAUGGUGAUGGAAAGUAUCGCUCUUUACUGUGCUACCGUAUAGUUUAUUUAACCUCACAUUAAAAGUUGAUCAUAUUUCCCAGCUUUGAAGCUUUUGUAAAGUAAUAAUGAGGGAAACAGGGCUGUUCAUAAUCUUUCAUUUAAUAGAUACUUGAAUGGGUUGAUUGUAAAGGAGAUGCUUAUAGUUAUAGCAUACUAUUUAUUGUUCUGCACUGAAACCUCAGAAUACUCUCAGGAAACUGUUUUAUAUUUUGGAUUUUCAAUAAAUGAAAAUAGAAUUUUUAUAUUUCUUAUA